AAAAGAGCAAGUGAGCAGCUGUAUGUAUGCAAUCAACCAGCAAGACAAACCAGCAUUCUCCGAUUGAAACUCAAACAGCUAAAAUCUUCUCAUUCGCCGUCCGCCGCUCUUCAACUGUAGCCGACGUCAUCGGAAAGAGCUUUAAUUCCGAUCUUCUUUAAAAUCGUUCAGAAAAGAGAAGGAAAACAAAAUCCAUAUGCUAUAAUCAGUUAGUUACUGUACAUAACUGAACAAGGGAGAAAGAUAUAAUGGUGAAGUUUACUAUGCUCGCACGUGUCACUGAUGGGCUACCGCUAGCUGAAGGAUUGGACGAUGGCCGUGAUGUGAAGGAUAUCGAAAUGUACAAACAGCAAGUGAAGGCGCUGUUUAAGAAUCUCGCUACUGGACAAAAUGAGCCUUCAAGGAUGUCUAUUGAAACUGGUUCUUAUGUCUUCAAUUAUAUUAUUGAAGGACGUGUUUGUUACCUCACAAUGUGUGAUCGCUCAUAUCCUAAGAAGCUAGCGUUCCAAUACUUAGAAGACCUCAAGAAUGAAUUUGAGCGUGUCAAUGGAGCUCAGAUUGAAACUGCUGCUAGACCAUAUGCUUUUAUUAAAUUUGAUACUUUCAUACAGAGAACAAAGAAAUUAUACCAGGACACUCGUACUCAGCGGAAUAUAGCAAAGUUGAAUGAUGAACUCUAUGAAGUUCACCAAAUAAUGACCCGGAAUGUGCAGGAUGUUCUUGGUGUUGGUGAAAAGUUAGAUCAGGUCAGUGAAAUGUCCAGUCGGUUAACUUCAGAAUCUAGAAUAUAUGCUGACAAGGCGAGAGAUUUAAAUCGGCAGGCAUUAAUUAGAAAGUGGGCUCCUGUUGCUAUUGUGUUAGGAGUCGUGUUCCUCCUUUUCUGGGUUAGAACGAAGAUAUGGUAAUUCAUUUGCUUUCUCAGAAAUGUUGCAUCACAUUCCUGGGUUUCUCUACUUUGCCGCCAGUUAUGUAGUUACAUAAUAUUUCAAACUUGGGGAAUUCUGGCCGGGGGCUAGGUAAAGAUUUGCUCGUGUUGAAGGCGGGAUAUACAUUUUGUUCUCGGGUUUGUUCCUUAAGUUCUUCAAGUAGCUCCGGACAACCACGCGGAAAUGUUAAAGAGAGACCCUUUAAUUCAAAAAUACAAUGGAUACUAGAAUAUUCCUAAAUUAUGGAUACUACUCUAUAGAGGCUUAAUCGAUUUUCAUUUGAAUAUACAACCAAACAUGUGAUCUAGAUUUCAUUUAUAGGCUUUCUAGCUACAGUUA